UGUCGCUGGUCUUGUAAAGCAAAGGACACAACUUUCAGAUUAUUUGAGUGUUUUUUUCUUCCUUUCUGUUUGCUGUUGUUAUUUUUCCUGUGCCCUUUGCUUCUCUCUUCCCUUUUCAACCACGUAAAAUGUUCAUAUUCCCUCUCUGAAGUAGCUGAACUCUGUAUUUGAAGCUCUUGUCCUGCGCUGUGCACCCCCCUCUCUGACUAAACGCAGACUGAAGAGCGAGGAGAUGCAGCAGAUUUAAAAAGCUGAUCUUCACUUUGUGCAUGCAGCAGCACUUUCUAAUUUCUUCUCUGUCCCUCUUGAAUUCUCUUUUUGUUUUUUUGUUGUGUACUGAAGAAGAGGACUCUUUGGUCUCUGGAAAGAGCCCUAAGCCUGCUGCGGCUCCCCCCUCGGCGUCUGGCCCCCGAGCCACGAGGGUCAACACUAAGAUCGUGGUCUACGGCCCCCAAGACUCUAGCUCUCCUCACUCUCAAGUGCGCAGUAAAGCCGGAGCGAGCCACAGCGAGAAGAGCAGAGAGGCGUCCAGCCAGCGCGUGCAGCGGCAGCCCAGCGCCACCAGAGGACAGAAGACCAAGAGCUCCGGCAGCAGCAGCUCGUCCUCACAGAUCAACUCCGCAUGAGACACCAGGACACCAGCUGUAAAUAUGUAUAUUUAAGGUAUCUGUAUGUUGUACUGUGUAAUGUGUUUUAAAGGGUUGGUUCACCUAAUUACAAAAACAAAACUGCAGAACUUAUUUGCUUCGGUUUUGAGAUUGCUGGAAAUAAUGGAGGUGAAUGGGAUUUUGUUAGAGCUGCUUACAAUAUUGAAAAAUUAUAUUUUAAAAAUUCAACAGUCUUUUCAUAACCCUUUGAAACAAAUUGGCAAUUGGCAGCUUAACA